AUGGGUUCUUCUUCCUCACCGCUACAGAAUGAGUUUGAUAACUUGCUUGAUAUCUUUUCCUCAGAUAUGGACUUCGAACAAGCAUUUUCAAUGUACAGCAAUUUACAACAAAAGAAAGCCUUGGGAACGUUGGAGGAGCUAUCAAAAGUACAGAUGUUGAAUCAACAGUAUACUACUAAUCUACCUCCUCAAGACCAAUCACAACAACAACAACAACAACAACAACAACAGUAUGCCCAGCAAUACGCCCAAGAGCUGCACCUUCAUCAUGAAAACCACUACCAAGAUGACACAUUUGCACACUCUAGACAACAAAUACUAAAUGGCAGUAUAAACUAUAAUCAACAACAACAACAGCAGCAGCAACAACAAGAGGAGGAUAUUGUAGAAGAAGGUGUAGAUGAGUUUGAUCAGUUUUUCACAAAUACAGAGUCUGAUGCAUUGGAGAGAUUUUUGGAUAAUUUGGCAAACCCCAGCGGGACAGGUGAUCCAUUACAGUUUUACAAUCCUCAUAUAACAUCUCCCAAUGGAUUUCACAAGGAUUUAGAUUUAGAUUUCAACUUUGAAAUGCAUACUAUGAAAGUGCCAUCAUAUUUAAGAAGCAAAAACUCGCCCGAUGUAACUUCAUCGACUCAUACCCUCAUACAGCAACAUCAACAGCACCCUUCAUUUCAGCAGCAACACCAGCAGCAGCGGCAACAACAACAACAACAUCCACUGCAUAGUUCUACAUAUCAUGAUACCCACGAGCAACAGCAACAGCAUCAGAUACUGCAGUUGCAAAACCAUUACCUUCCGACGCAGCAACAAUCUAAUGACAAACAUAUGACGACGAUUCACAUGCAAGCACUUCCUUCUCCGCCAAUGAUUGAAUACCACAUAAACAAUCAAUCUCUAAAACGAGAGUUGACUGAAGCAUUUGCUCCAGAAACGCUAAAUACCCAACCAUGCCUACAAACCAAGCCCAAAAGUCAGCUUGUAACUCCACCUACAUCAGGUGACGAAAGCAAGAAAAGGCAAAGUGACGAAGAGCAAGAAGACGACGAAAGCGACGAUGAAAACCCAACAUUGGUGAAGACUCGAUCCUCUUCUUCUUCUUGUUGUUUGUUGAAUUCUUCCUCGAGCUCGUCAUCAAUCACAACUAUAGAAGAGCCACAAAAGAAGAAACGGAGAUCCUCAAAUAAACCGCUUUUAUCCCUUGAACAGAAACGAUUGAAUCAUUCUUAUUCGGAACAAAAAAGGCGCCAAUUGUGUAAACUAGCAUACCAAAGGUGUCUAGAACAAAUCAUUGACCUUGAAGCAUUCAACAUGUUACCUGAAUGUAAUGAAGCUGAGAGAAAAUCUAAAAGAGCAAGAGUUAAUAAAGAAGGGUUACCAAACUUGUCCAAACACAAUGCUCUAAUCAGAAUAAGCAAUGAAAUGCAACUAAUUAUUGGUUUAAAUGACCAAUUGAAAAAAUUACUCAAUGGAUAA